AUGGAAAUCUGGCAAAACAAUCUGUUCAAGCGAUCUCCUCCCACAGUUACUUCCAAGGAGCAAUCGGCUCACCUCCUAGAUGAUGCUUCACCUGAUAGAGCUCAGGCUUCAGAUUCUCGGAUAAGAGCUGAUGCAGCGAAUCAUAUCCACGAAUCGAUCCGUCGGCAACCGUUUCACCGUUUUCUGAGAUGGUCUUAUCCAUUUUUACAAGAGUUGUCUUCGCUGGGAACACCUUUCCAGGAACCAAAUUAUUUGGGGAAUCGGAAUCUCAACAAGUUAAGACAGUACAUAUGUCUUGAUCCAAUAUUAGUAAAAUUUAACCCCGUGUGGUUUUUGCGAGAGCUGGCACCGGAACCCACCGAUUACAGAGAAGAUAUCAGCGAGAUCCUCGGCCAGCGCAUACGAUUCAGCGAUCUCUGGGAUCAGGACGAGGGAAUUGCUGCUGUUGUGCCUUUGAGGCAUUUCGGAUGCAUUUGCUGGCUGGGAAGUUGCUACUGCGUUGAAAGAAGUGAAACCAAAAGUUUGAUGCGGCUGGUGUUAGAUUGGUGGCUGUUGGUGUUGAUAAGGCUCGUUUACUUGCAACUCUUUAACCUUUCCCCAUGGAAUGUCUGUACGCGGAUCCUGAAUGCAAGAGGGUUGUUCUAUAAUAUGCAGGCAUAUGAUGUUCUUGGUUUAUACUACGGUUUAGGUCGCACUUUCUUCAACCCAGCAAGCGCUAAUGUCUUCUCAAGAUUUGACAAGUUACGAGAAGCUACAAAGAAUUACAUCAUCAAAGCCACUCCUGAAGACAGAAGCAGUGUGUUGCAACACUUGUCGCUUCACUUACAGAUUAGCAAAACGUACUCCUCCCAGAGUUUCACCGUGGCUAAUUUGCAGAGUCGUCUUACUUCUUCAUCUGGAAAAUUCAAUCCGGUUUUAGCCUCCAGCUCUCACGAGGCUUCUCCUAUCAGGAGGCAUAACGUCACGAACUACUAG